AUGGACGGCAACUAUUACAAGAAGCCUUAUGAGGACCAGUUCGCCUUCCAUGCUAUGACGUCCGAGGCGCCCAUUGGCCAGGCCUACACGACUGAUGAGGCCAUUCCCAUCCUGGACUUGGACACCAGUGAUCACCGACAAGGCUACUACAACUAUCAAAUGAUGUUUGAUGAGGCCGCGUCACGGAGAAUCUCGGGGUCAUCUUUCUCCAUCUCCACAUCCGACAUGGUUCACGACGACUUUACGACCGCCAUGUCAGACGCUCCUUCAUACUGCUCGGAUUACCCUCCCACCUCUAACCGUGAUUCCUGGAUGUCUUCGACGCACCUCUCGCCUGUUGCAUCGCCUCGCAUGUCGGCUCAGGGCCGAUCUGACCUGGUUAGAGCGCAAAGUCGCGGUCGGGCGUCUCCCUCGCCCCGGCCUAGUGUGCGGUCGGCCCCCUACAAUGUCGACGUCCCUAGGAACAACAAGAGAUGGUCUACUGGCUCCUACGGAAACCCGUCGAACCGGCGACCCAUGCACACGCCGCUCAUGUACAAUCCCGGACCCGAGACUCACGCCGCCCAUCAUCGCAUGUCUCGUGCCCUCGCCGAUCCGCGCGGCAACGGCACGCUGAACUCUGCAUCAACGACCACGCAGCCGCACUAUCUCAUGCCCAGCCAGCCCGUGCUCCAGAGGAAUAGCAUGUUACUACCGACUCAGCUGCCUUCGCAGCUCGCAUCUCAACACACACUUGGGGAGGGACGCCACUUUGACGCCGCCCCACCUCCCCUGCUCUCCCAUGGACUUCUUCGCAUGCUGCAGAGCAACGUGGACUCCCACCCUCUCCGUCGCUAUGCCGAUUUGUCCGACCCUCCGGACCUGUUCAGUUGCUUGCACGAAGAGCAAUUAUCGCCUCCCGAGGAAGACAUGAACCCUUCGGAUCCCGACAUGAUGCCUCGCGAACAAGAUCUGCGGUUCGAGGGCGACUUGUACACACCACGCUGGGUACGUGGGCACGGCAACAAGCGUGAGGGCUGGUGUGGUAUCUGCAAGCCUGGACGAUGGCUUGUGUUGAAGAACUCUGCGUACUGGUACGAUAAGUCCUUCUCACAUGGCAUCAGCGCGGCGACGGGCAGUCCCUUUCAGGAGCCCCUGGAUAUGCGCCGCAUGGACGGCAACCCUGACGUGUGGGAGGGCCUCUGCAGCAGCUGCAACGACUGGGUCGCGCUGGUGAGCAGCAAGAAGAAGGGGACGACCUGGUUCCGCCACGCCUACAAGUGCCACUCGCAUCCCAAAGCCAAGGACUCGGCGAAGCGUCGACGGGAGAACGCCAGCGCGCGUAGCAGCAUGCCGGUCAAGGCGAGCAAGACGGACAAACUCUCCUCCCCCGCGCAUCUCAACUCGUCAAACAAUUUCAACGACAACGGCACCGGCCCGCCGGCCAUGCCCACGCAUCUCCCGCCCCCACCACCUCUCCUAUCUGAAUCUUAUCCCAACAUGAUAUGA